GGUAGGGGGCGGGGCCAGGCCGGCGGGCGGCGCUAGGACCGGGCGGGCGCGGGGCGCAGCGGGCCGCGAUGCCGAGCAAGAAGAAGAAAUACAACGCGCGGUUCCCGCCGGCGCGGAUCAAGAAGAUCAUGCAGACGGACGAGGAGAUCGGGAAGGUGGCGGCUGCUGUCCCCGUCAUCAUCUCCCGGGCACUGGAGCUGUUCCUGGAGUCGCUGCUCAGGAAGGCCUGUCAAGUGACGCAGUCCAGGAACGCCAAGACCAUGACCACGUCCCACCUGAAGCAGUGCAUCGAGCUGGAGCAGCAGUUUGACUUCCUCAAGGACCUGGUGGCCUCCGUGCCCGACAUGCAGGGGGACGCUGAGGACAACCACAUGGAGGGCGAGCGGGUCUCCCGCAGGUGGGGGGGCCGGAAGCCGGGCAGCGGGAGGAAGAACGGCGGGACAGGGGCCAAGGGCAAGGACCCUAAGCAGUCGGGCACUGACUCGGAGCAAGAGGAGGACUCGGAGGACAGCGAGAGCGACGCUGAGGAGGAGACGUUGCAGACGCUGCCCCCCAGCCGCCCCCCCGCCACGUUCCCCAGCUCACCAGCACCAUACCUGCCCUUCGCGCCCGCUGCGCCUCCUGGGAUGACCAUGGGCCUGGCUGUGCCUGCGGCCCUGCCCACCAUGACGCCGCCAGCGCCCCUGCCCCCUGCCCCCACCCAGGACGAGGAAGACGAAGACUACGACUCGUAGCCCCCCGGGGUCCCUUUUAGAUGCUGCAUUGGGGGGAGGGGGGCAAGUGGAUCUUACGUGUAAUUAUGGAGUCGGAUUUCCCCCUUCCCUCCCCAUGGCUGAUCAUUUUAGGGGUUCCCUGGGGGGUUGAACCCCCAGAUCUCAGAGCCUGGGUUGCCCUGUUCUUCCCCCCUCCCCCCAUUUCACACCAGCCCAGCCCAGAGUGUGUCCCCAGUCUUGCAUCUUGGGGAUCCCCCCCUCCCCUUCUCGCCACAGGUCACGGUGGCUGGAAGCAGCUGCUUCUCUCCAGGGCCUGGGGAAGGGGGGGGUGAGAAUAGGAGGGGCACUCUCCUAGACAGAAGUGGGGGUGGGGGGGCAACAACGGGCCGUGGGGUGGUAGACAGAGACCCCUUUUGCAGGGCAGGGAGGGCAUGGAGUGGGUCCCCUCAGGCUCUCCACCCUGUGCAUUGUGGGUGGGGGCCAGGCAGGACCCCUUGUAGAAAGAGCCCCCUAUGGGUGGGGGGGAGGGGCAUCAGGGAUAGGGGAUCCCCUACAGCAGAGGCACCCUGAGGGGAGGGUGGGGGGAUCCCGAAUAGACGCAGCCCCCCUGGCAGGGAGGGGGGAGGGGAGCAGGGCAUAGGGAGGGACCCCCUGGGAUCCAUGGCUCAUAGCAGACAGGCAGCCCCUCAAGUGGGGGGGGGGGGGACCCGGGGCUGGGGGCGCUGCUUACCCCCCUUCCAGCUGUGGGGGCGGGGGGGGAGCCUGGGGGCGGAUCGGGGACCUCCAGCCCCUGCGGGGGGUUUUGUAUUGACUCAAUAAAGGUCCGGUUUGAAGCCA